CCAAUCCUCCAUGGACACAGUGUUUAAAUUCGUAAGAAUCGGAUUCCUUAUCACAUUUUCAACCAGAACCCAAGUGAGGCAGAUCGUCUUCUUCGGAGAAGACAAUAACAUGGAGACCUCAUACUCUGCACAGAUGUACAUAAAUGAAUUUGAUCCUGUAGUCUACUACCAGACAUACUAUUCUGCGGGGAAAGGAGGCAUCGCUACAGAAUGGGCAGACUUUGCCUUACAGAAUCUGCAUGAAAUAUUUUGUUCAGGUGUGAAAGGAGACAUACUAAUUGACUUCGGAGCUGGACCCGGAUUUUAUCAUCUGUUCUCUUCUUGUGAAGUGUUCAACAGCAUUAUAACCUCUGAUUUUCUUGAGCAAAACCGAGAGCAAUUGGAAAAAUGGCUGAAAAAGGACCCAGCUGCUUUAGACUGGUCUCAUUUUGCCAAAUACGUGUGUGAACUGGAAGGUAACAGAGAUAAUUGGAAAAAAAAGGAAGAAACGCUAGAGGAGAAAAGUAACCAAAGUGUUAAUGUGUGAUGCUCUUGCGGAG